AUGGCUGAUGGAAAAGAGGAUAACUUUGAAGGUAUAAGCACUGACCGCCUUAAACUGGAGUUACUGGAAGAAACACAUAUGAGAGACUUAGCAAAACUUUCAGUAAUUGAAAUGAAACAAAAGAUAGAAGAACUGGAAGACAAACUCACUGACGACAAUGAAGGCAGUGAAUGGAAAAUCCGUUAUGAGACACAACUUGAGAUAAAUAAACAUCUACAAAAGCAAAUUACUGCUCUCAAAGAGAAAAUGGAUAAAAUCCAAGAAAAUCCUGCAGAUAGACUAUCUUCUAUUCGUGCCUACGAGCGAAUGCCAGCAGAGGCCUUACAUACCUUACUUAAACAGCUAGAAAAAGAAAAAAGAAGUCUUGAAUGUCAAGUGAAAGCCUGUGCACUUAAACUGGAACAAGAAACAAAGGCUUACCAGAGGAUAGAUGAUGAACGCCGUGUAUGCCUACAUGAAUUAUACCAGCUCUCUAACUCACACUCCGUUUCUAGGAGGCAGCAGAUGGAUCAAAUGCAAAGACUGAAAGAUAAUGUAAUGAAAACAGGAAAAUACAAUCCACCCAGUCAGAAGAUCAUAAAUUGGAAGAAAGAACCAGCAAAAAAAGUUCCCUCAUAA